AUGGAAGUACUUGCAUUUUGUAUGUAUGAAAUUAGAUUACGUGAAGAAUACUCUAUUCCUAUGGAUUCAGAACAUUUGCGUCAUUUCACUUCAAUAUUUAGUGAAAUGCUUAAUCUCUCAUUAUCCAUACCAAUUCAAACUCUACUCACAGUAAUAAAAAUUACAGCUGAAGAAUUACAAACCAUUGAUCGUCAAAAAAUACAUCGACGUUUAUGUUCUGUAGUUAAACAUAAGUAUGUAACACUUGUCGAUCGAUCAUCUUUCUUGCAUUUGAGUUUGAACAGUAAUACAUCAGCAGAUGACUUUUGCAUUGAACAUACUUGCAAGUGUCCAUGCAUACUUGCAGCUCGUACACUUCUACAAUGUGGUGCAGAUGUAAAUGCACAUGAUGCUUUACGAAUGACUCCUCUACAUGUAUUUUUAUCUAGUUCGUCUAUACACAAUGAAAAUUUACUCAAACUUCUUUGUGAUGAUGGUGCUCAUCUGGAUUAUGUUUAUAAUUUGCGAGAAAAAGCUAUUCAUGUAACAACAAAUUUGGCUGCUAAACAAUUAAUAAAAUCUAAAAUGCAAAUUAAUUUGAAGUGUUUAUGUGCACGAUUAAUACAACUUAAUAAUGUGCCAUUUCAUGGAGAACUAACAUCUUCACUCGUUCGAUUUGUUGAAGAACAUUAG